AUGCAGGAGGGUAACUUCUUGCUGUCCGCCCUGCAGCCAGAGCGGGGGGUCUCGUCGCUGGCCCUGCCGUCGGACCUGCAGAUGGAGCGGAAGCAGAGCGAGGCUUCGGCCGCGGAGCAGCUGAAAAACGCACGGGUCCAGGAGCAGGUCCGGGCCCGGAUGCUGCAGAUGGGGCGCUGCCCCCCCGGACCCCGCCCCAACGGGCAGGGCCUCGACCUCCCGGAUGCCACCUCAGGCUUCUCACGGGGCCAGUAUGGCACGCUGCAGCCCUCCUUCAGCUCCAAAUCCCAAGUGCCCAAUGCUGAACCCAAGGCGACGGCCUUCCGACCGAUCGCCAAGCCGGCCACCUGGUCCUCCCGCUCGGCCGUGGACCUGAGCAGCGUCCGGCGGAUCAGCGGCGUCAGUAACGGCGUGGGGCCGGCCUUCGGGCCCGGGCCGGCCUUCGGGCCGGGGUACGGGGCGGGGGCUGUCCCGGUCCCCCGGCCGGUCUCCUACCACGAGCGUGGCUUCGUCCCACGCCCAGACUACGACACCCUGUCUCUGCGGUCCCUGCGCCUGGCGGACGGGCCCGGGGCCCUGGACGACGGUUACAGCGUCGUGUCCGAGCAGCUGGACGCCAUGGUCCCGCCCGGCUUCUACCGCGGGGGCGGCUACCGGGCCUAUGGCUUCGAGCGGCAGCUGAGCGCGGGGACCGGGAGCCUCCGCGGGGGUCCUCCGCAGGGCCGGGCCGGCGCCGAAUGGCUGGAGGAGGCCGAGCCCCCGGUAGGCCGGACCAUCCGGGCGCCGGCCAUGCGCACCCUCCAGCGUUUCCAGAGCACCAACCGCACCCGCGUGGGCUCCUGCGGGGCCCAGGGGUCCCGUCUGGGCGGGGGCGGCGGGGUCUACGCGGGGGGCACCCUGGAGCAUUGCUCGCGUGCCCCCUCCGUCCGCAGCCUGGCCGAGUCCGGGCACCACCUGCGUGACCUGAGGGCCAUGGACCUAUACAACGGCAACAAGGCCCUGCACGCUCUGUCCGGCGGCUUCGACGACAUCGACCUGCCGUCGGCGGUGAAGUACCUGAUGGCCGCCGAUCCCAACCUGCAGGUGCUGGGAGCCGCCUACAUCCAGCACAAAUGCUACAGCGACAGCAACGCCAAGAAACAGGCUCGUAGCCUCCAGGCAGUGCCCAAGCUGGUGAAACUGUUCAACCAUGCCAACCAGGAGGUGCAACGCCAUGCCACGGGUGCCAUGCGUAAUCUCAUCUACGACAACGCGGAGAACAAGCUGGCCCUGGUGGAGGAGAAUGGCAUCUUUGAGCUCAUGCGGGCCCUGCGCCAACAGGACGACGAGCUGCGCAAGAACGUCACCGGGAUCCUGUGGAACCUGUCGUCCAGCGACAAUCUGAAGGACCGCUUGGCUCGGGAUACACUGGAGCAACUCACGGAUCUGGUGCUCAGCCCGCUGUCCUGCGCGGCCUCCACCCCCGUCAUCCAGCACAACGCCUCCGAGGCCGAGAUCUUCUACAACGCCACGGGCUGCCUCCGAAACCUGAGCUCCGCGAGCCAGCAGACACGCCAGAAGAUGCGUGAGUGCCACGGGCUAGUGGACUCCAUGAUCAGCUACAUCAAUCACGCGCUGGAGGUCGGCAAGUCCGAGGACAAGAGCGUGGAGAACGCGGUGUGCGUGCUGAGGAACCUUUCCUACCGCCUCUACGACGAGAUGCCCCCAUCCUCCCUGCAGCGGCUGGAGGGCUACCGGCGGGGCGACGGGGCCUACAGGGCCGGCGGAGGGGCCGGGGAAGCCGUCGGCUGCUUCACGCCCCAGACCCGCAAGCUGCGAGAGUACCCCUUGAAUGCGGACAUGGUGACGUUCGCGGAGGUGUCCAAGGACCCCAAGGGCAUGGAGUGGCUGUGGAACCCCCAGAUUGUGGGCGUCUACAACCGGCUCCUGCAGCGCUGCGAGCUGAACAAGCACACCACCGAGGCCGCCUCCGGGGCCCUGCAGAACAUCACCGCUGGCGACCGCAGGUGGGCGGGCGUGCUGAGCCGGCUGGCGCUGGAGCAGGAGCGCAUCUUGAACCCACUGCUGGACCGCAUCCGGACGGCCGACCACCAACAGCUGCGCUCCCUGACCGGCCUGAUUCGCAACCUGUCCCGGAACGCCCGCAACAAGGAUGAGAUGUCGACCAAGGUGGUGAGCCACCUGAUCGAGAAGCUGCCGGGCAGCAGCGGGGAGCGGUCUCCGCCCACGGAGGUCCUGGUCAACAUCAUCGCCGUCCUCAACAACCUGGUGGUGGUCAGCCCCGUGGCCGCCCGCGACGUCCUCUACUUCGACGGGCUGCGGAAGCUGGUCUACAUCAAGAAGAAGAGGGACAGCCCCGACAGCGAAAAGUCGUCCAGGGCGGCCUCCAGCCUGCUGUCCAACAUGUGGCAAUACAACAAACUCCACCGAGACUUCCGAAUGAAGGGAUAUCGCAAGGAGGAUUUCCUGGGCCUGUAGAAGCCACCCCGCCGCCGCCGCCACCGCCGGGAGAGGGGAGGGGAGAGGAUGGAAAGAAGAGGGGUCCAGCACAGUGGCCUCCACUC